ACAUACGACAAAGAAAUGUAUUUUUAAAUAUAUCAUUGAAUGCAAGAUGGUGUCCUUUCAUUUAUUAAAACGAAUUGCAAAAUCGCUUAUUAUAUGCAAGACAUAGGCUACAAUGUCAUCUUUUCUUGAUAUUAUUUGUCAGUUUUUAAAAGACGUAAGAUCCAUUUGCGCAUUAAUAUUCCUUUCAUUCUUAGUGAUUCGGUCGACAGCCUUUUUUAUUAACGAGUCCUGGCGCGCCUCGACCACAUUUCCUGCUCGUUCAUUCAUUCAUCCAUAUAUAUUGAGAAAAUAUUGGGCAAAAUGGCGGUUUGAAUUCUGAAUUUUUGCAACCCUUGCUCUGCAAUUCGCAACGAAUUGCAUCAUACAACAUGGCACUCCAAAAUGGCUUCUUCGCAUCUGAUGCACAGCUCACUGGGAUACAUUCCACUGAGAUACAACAGCAAACGACCACACCAAGUUCUAUAUCAUCGUAUCACAUAAACCAUCAAGAUGGAAUUCAUAAAAGAAUCAGAGAUUAUGUCGCUCUUCAGCGACAAUGCCUCUUUGUGGGGGCAGCUACCGGAUGAGGAAGAACUUCAUCUGGGAUCUGGUCUGGACUCGCAUCUGAAGACCGAGCCAUCAUCAGGCUUGGGCUCUACUGGUCCUACUUCACCACAAUCAGAUGUAUCGGAUGACCCUCUUCCAGACUGGAUGUCUCAGAAAGUUUCUUUGUCAGCAUGGCUUGGGGAUGAGGAGGACAUCCCUAUGGCAGACCUCAUGACAAUCCCAUCCUCCCCAACUCCAAAGUCAACUCCACUUCCUGCUGAAGAACUACUCAAGGAACUCCUUGUUGAUAUUGGUGUCCCUCCAACAUCUCCUUCCCCUGGUGAAGAUCAAUCAGCUGAGGCAUUGCUGGCAUUGUCUCCAGUGAGUUCCUUCAGUGAUCCCGCUUCUCCAUUUCAUCAAGACACAAUGUCCUUGCUGGCCUCUGGGUCAGCAUUACCUUUGGACUUCGGGGUUGAUUCUACACCAGCUGGAGACCUAGAGAAACAGGCUCUGGCUGAUUCUCCAGAAGUUCAUGAAGAGACGAUGUCUCAGCCACCCUCAGGGCCAACAUCCCCUAUGGUGUCUGGUGUUGAUGCUGCACCAAUGAGUAACUUGGAAGAACAGGCUCUUGCUCUUCUUGAUGCCAUGGGAUGUAUGGAGUUCUCAACUACUCAAGAUCCCUCGGGCACACGUGUUAUAACAAUUACGCUACCAGUCCCUGAUGACCAAAUGACCAUCCAGCAACCACAUGUAAAUCCUCCCGAGUCUCCCAGUUCCAUUGAUUCAUCAUCUAUGCCAUCAUCCCCUGAAGAAUCUCCUGUCCCUUCUCCAAUCCCAACUCCAGCAAAAAGAAUAAGGUCAAAGCCCAAACUUAAGAACGCUUCUCCCAUUGAGAAAAAGUCCAGAAAGCGCGACCAAAACAAACAGGCAGCAACGAGGUAUCGAGUCAAGAAGAAGACUGAAACCGAUGCUACUAUGAGUGAACUCAGUGUAUUGGAAGAUGCAAACAGAGAAUUGAAGGACAAAGCUGAAGGCCUAGAAAAGGAGAUAAAAUACCUCAAAGAUCUCUUGAUUGAAGUGCGAUUGCUCAAAGGAACGAUUAGUAACAUCAAAGCAGAUUGAACUCUUCGCUAUGAUUUGUAUGUUAAAUUAACUUUUGUGUUGUAAGAUGUAAAUGUAAAUAGAAUUUUAUUUUCUUUUACAUCCAAUUAUUGAAAAAGAC